AAUGGAUUUCCCGCCAACUUAUCGGCCAUUCCCGCGAUAUUUCUGAUGCGGUCACAUUCUUUUGAAGUCACUCCCGCCGGGUUCCACUCUUCUUUAGCCGCCUCCCACAGCCUCCGAUUCAAAACAAAACCCUAACACCGAAAAAACAUUAGCUCAGAAGAAGGUUUGGCAAUGGAAGCAGGUCUCGGAUCUCGGAAACGGAAGCAUCAGUCAUUGAAAUCCGGUGGCAUUUUCACUCGAAGCAACUCGCAGAUUUAUGUUCGCCAACGCAGAUCUGGUUACGCUGGAGCCGACUCCGUUCGAACCAGUAAUCCUAUCUUGUCGCUUGAAGCGACAACGAACUCACCGAUGGACCAAGAUCCGUGGGGAAGCACGGCUCAUCCAAUUACAAGUGAAGUCUUAGUCAAGGAUCUUCGCGUGAGGAGGAUAUUUUCUCCUAUGACGGUUCCAGAAGAGGAUUCAAGUGUCGGAGCAGUCGAUUUGAAAGCAGAUUUUGAUGUUCGUAAGACGAAUGAUGGAAACCCUAACGUGUCUUCUUCUGAAGUUAAUCCUGGUCAUUGUGAUUUGGGGGUUUCUAGCUCUGUUGUCAUCGAUCCGAAACCUAGAUUGCAAAAUAUUGUGGAUUCUUUUCUGGUAAGUGAGAACAAUGUCAUGGAAGCUGAUGAGUUUGUUAAGACGCCACCAAGAGUCUCAGAUUCCGACCAAAACAAUGUCGCUGCCGAAAAUAGUGGUGUCAUUUCUAUUCCAAACGAAGUCGGCCAAUCAUCGCUGACGAGUUCGCGUAGCAAGAAGAAGGUGUUCAUAAAUCGGGGCUCAUAUAAUAGCUAUAGAAGGUUGCUCCCGUAUCUAUCGGACAUAGGAACAGAUGAUUCUCCAAGUUUCGAGAUAGUUGAGGCCACAAUGACCAAACAACAGAAAUCAAGCACCAUUGUUCCUAACAUGGUUGCCUCUAAAGAUAAAGAUAUCGAUGCAGUACCCAAUCUUAACAGUUUGGAAGAUGCUGUCAUUGACAAAUUGGAUGAGUGUGAGCAGACGACACCACCAGAUUCAGUAUUAGUAUCCAAAAUGGUACUUAAACAAUCUUCUAGAAUGAAGAUGCUGCAAACUCCAACAUCAUUUAGUCAUAGAAGGUUGCUUCCAUACUUGACGAGUGUUUCAGAACCUGAGAAAACCUCAGAGGAAAACCAACAGAAUAUUAGUAUCUCCAUACAAUCAACCACUGUAAAUGAGAAAUCAGAUUCUCCUAUCCCUACUUUGACUCCAGUCAAAUCACCAUUUGAAAGCAUAACAACAAUUACUCCAGAUUCAAAUGACAAUCUUUUGGAUUCUAAUGGGCCAGAUACUAAAUCCAUGGAGCCAACUUCACAGAUAGAGGCAAAAUCACUAGCUGAAGAACAGGAAUCGCUUAAUAAAGACUUGAAAUGUAUUGAAGAAACAAGUCCUGAUACAAAUGACAAUCAGAAGCCAAUUAAUGAAAGCACACAUGAAUCUUUAUUGCAGAUUGCACCACUAAAUUCUCCUGAAAAUAAUAAAGCUAAUUCUAUAAAUGGGAUUUUGAAAAGAACUCCAAGAGGAUGCAGAGGGAUCUGCAACUGUUUGAAUUGCACAUCUUUUCGUCUGCAUGCAGAAAGAUCAUUUGAGUUUUCAAGAAACCAAAUGCAUGAUGCUGAAGAGGUUGCUUUAGAGCUCAUCAAUGACUUGAAUUCUCUCAGGAACAUUCUGGAAAGAACUGGUACUGAUUCUAAUGAGGUGAAAGAAGUGUUUGCAAAAGUUUUGUAUAAGGAAGAAGUAGCUAGGGCAAAAUUGGCGCAAAUGAAUGAAGAUUUAAAUAAUCAAUGUAGAAGCAUGGGAAAGUAAAAAUUAUUCAUUUCUUUCUCUUCUUACUAUGAAAAAAAUUAAUGAAACAUUUUCUUCUUCCAUGAUCUCUUGUUUCUUGGAGGAGAUAGUUUGGCAUUGUAGUCAUAUAGUUUAUAGUAAACCAAUCGUUGUAUGGCG